AUUGUAUUGCUGUAUAGCACUUCCUGAUUCUCAUACGAGCGAGAACUGACACUGAUUUGUAUAAUUUUAUCAUGAAUAUUGUUAACAAAGUCAAGAUUAAGAACACCUGGGAUGGUUAAUUUGUCCAGAUUUAUCAGGAUGCUGACUAUUCUAGGAUUCAUCGUUCCAUUGUUAAUCAUUCUGGUUAUUUUUGCUGUAUCAUUCCUUUCAAAUUUUGCGACCAGCAAAAAGUAAGAAAGAUCAACUUAUCAACUUCAAGUAGGCAGAUUUAUCAGGUUGCAAAUAGACUAAAGAGAAUUUAAUAAUAUCAAUUUUUUGAAUAUCAGCACACCUAGGAGAAUGAAAAGAUCAUAAGUAUAAAGAAUAGAAAAUCAUGUCAGGCAACUAUUAUUUCGUGAUUGUUGGACAUUUGGACAAUCCAAUUUUUGAAAUGGAGUUUUGUCCACCAACCAGGGCAAAUGAACCCAAGAAAGAUGACCAUCGUCACUUGAACCAGUUCGUGGCUCAUGAGGCUUUGGAUCUGGUAGAUGAACAAGUGUGGACCACGAACAACAUGUACCUUAAAAUUGUGGACAAAUUCAAUGAGUGGCUUGUCUCAGCCUUUGUCACAGCUAGCCGAAUGAGAUUCAUGAUGCUUCAUGAUGUGAAAAAUGAGGAUGGAAUAAAGAAUUUCUUCACCGAGACUUAUGAAAUGUAUAUAAAGCAUUCCAUGAAUCCGUUUUAUGAAAUCAACAAGCCAAUCGUGUCCCCUGCAUUUGAGAAAAAAGUUCAGACGUUUGGAAGGAAAUACCUAACCGGAUGAAGUAUGAAAUUUACACUUGUGUGUAUCUUGUCAUUGUGCAAUAAUGCUAUUUUCUGUUUUUACGUAUGUUUAUGUAUAUAUA